AUGGACAUGUUUUAUAAGAUACUGCCCUCGGGUGAGUAUGUGUCACAACUUUGAAUACAAAGUGAAACGUUGAAAUGACUGAACUACUGGGAGUGUGUGUCUCUGCUACCAUAGACCCUGUUUUCCAACAUCGAGUCCAUCCUGGACGUUCACAGAGAGGUUCUGUCUGCAUUGGAGGCCAGCCUGCAGCCGGAGCCACAGCCCGGGCACGCCCUCGGACACGUCUUCCUCCAGUUUGUGAGUGACACACACUUCCAUUCACACGCACACACGUGUAUACGCACACAGAGACCGGCAUGAUCAUAAACACAGACACACACACACACGUACACGCGCGCACACACAAACAUACACACACACAGUCAACUCUAUUUGUUUCACCCUUUUCACUGUUUCCAUUAACCACAGUUGAGGAUAAAACUUCAAAACUGCUAAGAAUAAAAUAAAAUAGCCCUCCACAACUCUCUUUCACAUAAUAAUAUACACAAUCCACUCCUUCUCUUCCCUACUCACCAAUUUGUCCCCCCAUCCCACUCCCCCAUCCCCUCAAAAAGCCUGUAUCCUGUUAGCCAGAAAGACCCCUCUUUCUGUUGCUUGCCAGCCCCAUGCAAGGCCCCUGGUCACUGGCAUCCCCUUCAGCAGAUUGCUUUCCACCUCCCGUCAUCUCUUCCUACCAACCCCUCCCUCUCAUCCUCAUCCCCCCCCCCCUUUUGAACUAAUUUGGCCCUUGGGGACAACCAAUAACUGCCUUUGUCGUGGGAAGAGAUGACGGUGUCAGUCAUCAAUGGGACAAUGGCGGAACUAGUUGCUCUCGAGCGCAUACACACAGAAACACACACACACACACACAGAGUCACGUGCCCACACAUACAUACAUACAUACAUACAUAUACACACACACAUACACACACGGACACACACACACUGAGGGGACUUUGUAGAAUAAGAGGCGUUGAAUGGAACAUUCAUUCAGUUGAAGGAAAGUAUGCUGUAAAUGGGGUUUGUUCAAAGGGAAAGCUCCUGUAGUCAAAACAGAAAACGAUCAGUAUUAUCAUCGUUCAUUGUAUCAGUUGAAUGGAUUUCAAAAUGCCUUAAACUUAAACAUCUUUAAACUUCAGAAUUUCAAGGAAUGAGAGACUCACCUGUCAUUUUUUUUACCCAACUAAAAUCUUCUGUAAUAAGGUUUUUCGUUUAGUUAUAGUACAUUGGUCUGUGUAGUAGUACCAGAGAAAGUGAGAGGCCUCCCAAGUAUUCCUCACACAGCAGUGGUUUGUCCGGAAAAUGUUGAAUGGGGUGGCCAAAGUGGGGCACAGACCCAGUUUAGGGUGGUCAUAACAUUUUGAACCUUAAUCGAUGCAAGGUGGAUUUUUUCCAAUAUAAUUAUGAUGGUUCAACGCAUUAAAUGCUUCAGCUUUGGUUUGGUACAUUUCCCUGUUCAAAUAAAUCAUAAAUCAAUUCCAAAAGUAUUGUUAGUGUUUGCAUUCAAGGUGAAACUUUUAUAUAAGGGUAUUUGCAAGUAGGGAAUAAAAAUAUAUAUAUUUUAUGGGCUUUAUAGUAAAGACGUACUUUAACUAUGAACAUUUAUUACCAUUUUAAUGUGACAUGAUACAAUUGUAUUAGUCACAUGCUUCGUAAACUAACAGUGAAAUGCUUACUUACGGGCCCUUCACAACAAUGCAGAGAGAAAGAAAAUAGAGAAAUAAUAGAAAAGUAAAACACGUAAUAAUAAAAGUAGUAAUAAAUACACAACGAGUAACGAUAACUUGGCUAUAUACACGGGGUACCAGUACCGAGUCGAUGUGCAGGGGUACGAGGUAAUUGAGGUAGAUAUGUACAUAUAACUAGGAAUAAAGUGACAGAUAAUAAACAGUAGCAGCAGCGUAUGUGAUGAGUCAAAAAAGAUAGUGCAAAAAGGGUCAAUGCAGACAGUCCGGGUAGCUACUUGGUUAACUAUUUAACUAACUAUUUAGCAGUCUUAUGGCUUGGAGGUAGAAGAUGUUCAGGGUCCUGUUGGUUCCAGACUUGGCACUGCUUGCCAUGCGGUAGCAGAGAGAACAGUCUAUGACUUGGGUGACUGGAGUCUUUGACAAUUCUUUGGCCCUCCCUCUGACACCGCCUGGUAUAGAGGUCCUGGAUGGCAGGAAGCUCGGCCCCAGUGAUGUAAUGGGCCAUACGCAUUACCCUCUGUAGCACCUUGUGGCCGAAUGCCAAGCAGUCGCAGUGAUGCAGCCAGUCAAGAUAACUUUUUGAGGAUCUGAGGGCCCAUGCCAAAUCUUUUCAGCCUCCUGAAGGGGAAGAGGCGUUGUCGUGCCCUCUUCACGACUGUGUUGUCGUGUGUGGAACAUGAUAGAUCCUUAGUGAUCUGGACACAGAGGAAGUUGAAGCUCUUGAACCGCUCCACCACAGCCCCGUCGAUGGGAAUGGGGGUGUGCUCGGCCCUCCGUUUCCUGUAGUCCACAAUCAGCUCCUUUGUCUUGCUGACAUUGAGGGAGGGGUUGUUGUCCUGGCACCACGCAGCCAGGUCUCUGACCUCCUCCCUAUAGGCUGUCUCAUCGUCAUUAGUGAUCAGGCCUAGCAUCGUCGUGCUAUCGGCAAACUUAAUGAUGGUGUUGGAGUCAUGUGCGGCCACACAGUCGUGGGUGAAGAGGGAGUACAGGAGGGGACUAAGCACGCACCCCUGAGGAGCCCCCCGUGUUGAGGGUCAGUGUGGCCUGUGUGUUGUUGCCUACCCUCACCACCUGGGGGCGAUCCGUCAGGAAGUCCAGGAUCCAGUUGCAGAGGGAGGUGUUCAGUCCCAGGGUCCUGAGCUUUGUGAUAAGCUUGGAGGGCACUAUGGUGUUGCACACUGAGCUGUAGUCAAUGAACAGCAUUCUCACAUAUGUGUUCCUCUUGUCCAGGUGGGAAAGGGCAAUAUGGAGUGAAAUAGAGAUUGCGUCAUCUGUGGAUCUCUUGGGGUGGUAUGCGAAUUGGAGUGGGUCCAGGGUGGUGAUAUGAGCCAUGACCAGCCUUUCAAAGCAUGUCAUGGCUACAGAUGUGAGUGCUACGGGGAGAUAGUCAUUUAGACAGGUUACCUUGGCAUUCUUGGGCACAGGGACUAUGGAGGUCUGCUUGAAACAUGGAAGUAUUACAGACUGGGUCAAUACGCGUGCUGGUAAUCUGUCUGGUCCUGCGGCCUUGUGAAUGUUUACCUGUUUUAAAUGUCUUACUCACAUUGGCUACGGAGAGCGUGAUCACACAGUCGUCCGGAACAGCAGGUGCUGUCAUGCAUGGUUCUGUGUUGCGUGCCUCAAAAUGAGCAUAGAAGGCAUUUAGCUCGUCUGGUAGGCUCGCGUCACUGGACAGCUUGCAGCUGGGUUUCCCUUUGUACUCUGUGAUAGUUUGCAAGUCCUGCCACAUCCGAAAAGUGUCAGAGCCGGUGUAGAAGGAUUCGCUCUUAGUCCUGUAUUGAAACUUUGCCUGUUUGAUGGUUCUUAUAAGCGUCCGGAUUAGUGUCCCGCUCCUUGAAAGUGGCAGCUAUAGCUCAAUGCGGAUGUUGCCUGUAGUCCAUGGCUUCUGGUUGGGAUAUGUACAUACGGUCACUGUGGGGACGACAUUGUCGUUGCACUUAUUAAUGAAGCAGGUGACUGAUGUGGUAAACUCCUCAAUGCCAUCGGAUGAAUCCUGGAACAUAUUCCAGUCUGUGCUAGUGAAACAGUCCUGUAGCUUAGCAUUCGCUUCAUCAGACCACUUCCAUAUUGAGCGCGUCACUGGUACUUGCUAUUUGAAUUUUUGGUUGUAAGCAGAAAUCAGGAUAGAGUAAUGGUCAGAUUUGCCAAAUGGAGUGCGAGGGAGAGCUUUUUUAUGCAUUUCUGUGUGUGGAGUAAAGGUGGUCUAGAGUUUUUUUCUCCUCUAGUUGCACCUGUGACAUGCUGGUAGAAAAUAGGUAAGACUGAUUUUCAGUUUUCCUGCAUCAAAAUCACCGGAUCACCGCUUCUGAAUUAGCAUUCCCUUGGUUUCUUAUUGCCCUAUACAGCUUGUUGAGCGCUGUCUUCGUGCCAGCAUCUGUUUGUGGAGGUAAAUAGACAGCUGUGAAAAAUAUAGAUAAACUCUCUUGGUAAAUAGUAUGAUCUACAGCUUAUCAUGAGGUAUUCGAACUCAGGCGAGCAGAACCUCGAGACUUCCUUAAUAGAUCGUGCACCAGCUGUUGUUAAGAGACACACCUUGAGCUUACCCAACGCUGCUGUUCUGUCUAGCUGAUGCAUAGAAAAACCAGCUAGAUGUAUAUUGUCCUUGUUCAGCCACGACUGCAACAAACAUAGUAUAUUACAGUUCUUCAGGAUAGUCUCGAACGGAGCUCGUCCAGUUUGUUCUCCAGUGAUUGUACUUUCGCCAAUAGAACGGAGGGAAGGGGCGGUUUAGGUAUUCGCUGACGUAGUUUCUUCAGGGUGGCCUCUCUUACGGCUUUUUUUUCUUUUCUUUGGGUCUCUGGGAUUUGGGCCUGGUCCGGGGUGAGCAGUAUGUCCUGCGCCGCCGACUCGGUGAAGUAGAAAUCUUAAUCCACAUCGAGGUUAGUGAUCACUGUUUUGAUGUCCAGAAGCUCUUUGCUGUCAUAGGAAACGAUGGCGUAAACAUUAUGUGCAAAAAAACACAAUAGCAGAGUUGGUUGCAGCUUUCCAUUGCAACGCCAUUCUAAAUAACACAACCAGUUAUGAGCUUUUCAUCUGAUUUGUCAAAAAAAUCACUUCAAAAAGUACAGUAAGGAGGUUACCUGCACACGCUCGUCUACUCCAAAAUAAGUCCAGCAUUCGAACAGUGCACUGUGCACCCACCGUUUAAAUUACGAACACCAUACGUGUAUUGACAUUCAGCCUAGAAAGUGGUGUGUAUUCAUAGAUGCCAAGGGAAGCCAGCCCCCCCCCCCCCCCCCCUCCCCAACACACACACACAAUCUGUGUUUCAUAAAUAUCACCAGAGAAAGCAUCUGAGCGAGGCAAACAGCGCCCCUGAUACGUCCUAUCAGAUCUCGGGUGGGAGGGGGGCACUGGAGUGGCCAAUCAGAUUUCAGGUGUGUGUGUGGCGAGGACACACCACUGACACACAGCCAGUUCUCAAGGGCAGGGGUCGGACAACUGCAUUGAUUAAAGCGCUUCAAAAUGUUUCCAUUGCUCUCAGAGCUGAGGUCAGAGAAGGCUGAGUGGAGCGAGCAUUAACUGGGGGGGGUGUCUGUGCAUUUUCAACUGUGUGUGUGUGUGUGUAAGCAUGUGUGUUGAUUUUGGAUGUGGGGAGGGGUGUCUUCACACGGCCACUUGCUUUGUAGCUCUUUAUCCAUUACAGGGCUCUCUCUGUCUGUGACUCCUCUCUCCUUCAACACCGACAGCCUACACCUCUCGCCCAAUCAAUUGCCCCCGUCUUGUGCCACAGCAUAACCCAGUAUUGUUCAGGGGGCCAUUCACUGUCAAUCACAAUCGCAGCCUGCGGAUGAAUACAUACAGAUUCACCGCUCUCUCAAGCUCUGUCAUUUCCAAUGUUGCUUAUAGGCCACAGUAUAACCUCAGCACCAUGGCUUGAUUCCAGUUCAAAAACAUACUCCUGAUGUCGGAGAGGUGGAAUAAAUAGGAGCCUCAAAUAUUACCUGCUUUUAAGGCGUGCAUGUUGUUGGAUCAUUGGGAUUUUGCAAUGCCAGGCAGGCUGAGCCAACUCUGCGCAGAACGUUUGAACCACCUUGGCGUGAGGCGGAGGAUUACACAAACCUACCCCAAAAACUACUAGAGAAUGUUAAUUCAGAUAUUUGCUCUAUUUCUGGACCGUCUCCUGACCAAGGCCUCUUUUUCUCAGAACCAACAGUCAUCGUAUUAUGUCCCUUCUUAAAUAGACUUAUUAUGCUUUGAGCUUUGACACACUUAUUGUGUUUGAAAUACCCCUCUUCUCCCUCUGAAAUACCUCUGGAAAAGGAAGAAAAGCAAGUGUUUAUCUGAGGCACAAACACACUCUUUGAGCUAUUCUGAGCACAAGUGGAGCCCUUCAGAUCAGACCCAGUUUGUUCAGGGCUCACCCGGCUUUGGAAUUGAACGGGUCACAUUCAGGUCCUUAACCCGUUACACUCGUGGGCAUUGGCCUAUAUGGAUAGGCCUAAAUUGAAAUAAAUAUGAAAAGAAUAGUAGCAAUUGAAAGAGAACAGUUUGGAAAUUAUGGGGGAAAUUAUUAGACCAAAGUUGAGGACAGAACAGUUCACAUGACACAAGACUGAAUCCAAACAUUACACUGUUGAUUUUAUGUGCAUUUUACAUUUUCUGUACUUUUCGCUGCAUUUGUUGAUAAGAAAAUCAGAAAAUACUCUGAAAACAUUCAGUAAGAUUAUAAGAAUAUUCCUGGAAAAUGUGGGGUAAGUGCAACAUAAGUAAAAACAUGACAAGGGUUUGAGUGUGAGGACUAACUGGUGUCUCCAAGUGGCCAGACACCUCUCCAGAGUGUGCGCAGUUCCUAAGUAAUUUCAAUGCACUUUUAUGGCUCAAAUAAAAGUCGACUAUAAGGUACUUUUUUGAGCUCUCUCGUUGUGCCGUUGAGGAACUAGAGCAAGCACACUUGUAGUUGUUUUGUUUGGAACACAACCCUGUAUCCCCACAAUCACACAAUUACUGUUGUUGUUUACACUAUCCAAAAAUGGCCCAUUAUAAAUCGCAAUCUGGGUCAGGUGGGCAUAAUUUAAAAGCUUGUUCUAUUGCCAAUAUUACUAGCUACAGUGCCUUGCAAAAGUAUUCAUCCCCCUUGGCGUUUUUCCUAUUUUGUUGCAUUACAACCUGUAAUUUAAAUGUAUUUUAUUUGGAUUUCAUGUAAUGGACAUACACAAAAUAGUCCAAAUUGGUGAAGUGAAAUUAAAAAAAUAAAAUAACGGAAAAGUGGUGCAUGCAUAUGUAUUCACCCCCUUUGCUAUGACGCAUGCUCAAGUUUUCUGUUUUUUUGUCUUAUUUCUUGUUUGUUUCACCCCAAAAAAUAUUUUGCAUCUUCAAAGUGGUAGGCAUGUUGUGUAAAUGAAAUGAUACAAACCCCUCAAAAAUCCAUUUUAAUUCCAGGUUGUAAGGCAACAAAAUAGGAAAAAUGCCAAGGGGGGUGAAUACAUUCGCAAGCCACUGUAAGUUAUGAAAAUACGAUUUUACAGUGUUAGGCUUUCAAAAGGCAAUUCAGAGAAACCGAUUUUGUAAUUUUGGUGCGCAUAGAAAGGAGUCAUGCGCGCAUUCAGGUGCGUGUCCCGCAGUGAAUUUUCUUCACAAUAGACACAGGCUCAUUCUGUUCAGAACAACCCAUGGUAUGACGCCAUGUCAUCUUGUAACUGUAUAUCAAACAUAGUGAUCAUUAACGUUGACACUGUAUAUGACAUGAGUUUUAUGAUAUAGAAAUGUAAAGUGCACAUUUGGACUUGCUUGUAUGACAUCAAAGCGCUAUUUAUUAUAAUCCUCAACGUCUCAUCUUUCAAAAUAAAUCGAGUCCUCUUAAUUUACUGAAUUUCCUUCACUCAGACAACAAAACAUUUGCAAAAGUUCUGAACAGCUGUCAGUCAAAACCCAUACAGCGCUGUAAAGCACAGAGCCUUUAGCAUGUUACUGUACAGCCACUGCUUUCCGAUUUUGGCGCUUAUCAGUGGCCAAAUCUGCCAUUUUCAACCCGUGUACGAGUGUAAAGGGAUACAGAAAUGCCCAUAAGGUAAGCUUAAAGUGGAAUGUUCAGUUUUCAAAGUCCUUAACAAAUUAUGCUUUAAGCUAAGUAGUAGUAGCUCAGUAGAUAGUCUGAAGACGGUCACAGACGAUUCAUGGUCUUUUCUUGCUUGUGGUGUUCUAUGGAAACUGGCAAAAAACAUUGAUAUGUUAUGAGGUAGUCAUGAUCUUUGAAGUAUGUAAUGAAAGAUGCAUGUUGAAAGAAUGUGAUCUGGUGUUUUAAACAUUGCCUCCGAAAAUAUGGGCCACGCGCCCAUGCGCACACACACAUUGAAGACCAAUUUACAACUCCCGACCUUCCCUUCGCCCUCUACAGUAUUGUCUGCUUUGUGUGUUUAAAAUUUCAAACCAUAUGCUGGGCCAGCUGUUGCUCCCGGUGAUGCCUCAGACUUUGUUGCCCUGCCAGCUGCGGUUUUAGCCUUUCUGUGUGUGUUUGCUUGUGUGCCUGCGUGCAAGUGUGGCCGUGUGUGUGUGCGCGUGAGUGGGGCAGCGGAGCCCCGGGCUACGCUAUGCCUUUGUUGCCUUGCCGUCAUCUAUAGUCAUCAUGGGAACUGGAGACAGGCUGAACGUAAUGUUACAUAAAAGCCAGAUUAGUUUUCUCCCCCCGCUGCAUUGCCAUGUGGACCUGACACAGUCAUGAGAUGAGGAGGAUAGAAGGCUAGAUUAGACUGUAGCAGCCUAGCUUCUUGAGUUUGACUUGACCCCCCCCCCCCCCCCCCCCCCCGUUUCCAAAAAGCUGUGAGAGUCUGCAUUUAGAAUGGAGAGAGAGAGCGAGACAGAGACAGGGAAACAGAGGGAGAUACUGAGACCAAUGGAGCACCUCGUCAAGAUUGUUACCUUUUACAAUACUUUGCCCCAUCAGAAUUUUCACAAUGACAUGCCUGAUAGAAAUCAUGUGCAGCAUUCUUACCUCAUUCUCAAUAUUCUAAUGGCGAACAAAAACAAAUUUAACAAUCUCAAACAGCCUCAACAGAGUGACUGAGUGCACUGUUAAGUUGCUACCUUAAAUGCACACAUCCAGCUUUUGAGAGAGAGAGUAAUUUCCCUGAAGGUUGUGAGGAUAUGCUAGCCUUGCACGCUCGAGCUAGAAUUUAAUUUUCUGCUCAGUUUCGGGUGACAGCAGCAGCGUUUUGGUAACCAACUGUGGAGUGCUGAGGCCCAGCACUGAAGCUGGUUUCACUUCCUAAAUGCUAGUGUACAACACUAUAGGGCCCAUCUGGGGUUUUGGGCUGUAGCCUAAAUUGAAUUCUGAGAUUGCCUAGGCCUAUACAUUGUUCCUAAUGGUAGAUGAAUAAUGCAUUGAUCCUAUGUUUAUCCCAGCUAUCAUAUUAUUAAGUGUUCAUGAGGAAAGCCUUCAGUGGGCAAACCUAUAGGACAGUUCAGUAUAUCCACUAGCUAGAACUGUGUCAGUGUGAUUAGAGGAAGUUCUGAGUGCUUUCUCUGUGCAGUAUUUACCCACAUAAGGAAACCCUUUACUACAGAAACAUCUCAUUGACAUUUUUACCCAAUCUGAAUAUUAUUAUUAUCUCAAGAUGAAUUCUGUGUAUCGGAGUUACAUUUCAAUUAAACAAAAUUUGUCGACAUUAUCACUUGAGCUGUGUUUUACAAAAAAUAGUUAAACAAUUUGGUUUCAAAAGAUUCAAUUCCAAUUUUUUAUAUUUGGAUCAGAUUGGGCACUGACUGACUUGUUGUUUCUUCCUCCAUCUUUCAGAAGGGGCGGUUCUCUGUGUAUGGGGAGUACUGCAGUAACCACGAGAAGGCCCUGAGGCUGCUGAUGGAGCUCAACAAGAUCCCCGAAAUCAGGACCUUCCUCCUGGUGAGGAUCCUAGCGCUGACGCAAGUUGUCUACUUUUCACGUAUCUCCUUUUUGUCUCUUUCUCUUUUUCUUCCUCUACAGUGCAUUCGGAAAGUAUUCAGACCCCUUUACUUUUUCCACAUUUUGUUAUGUUACAGCCUUAUUCUAAAUGUGAUUAAAUCGUUUUUUCCCCUAAUUAAUCUACACACAAUACCCCAUAAUGACAAAGCAAAAACAGGCUUUUAGAAUUUUUUGAAAAAAUUAAUAGAAUGACAAAAAUAUAUAUAACAUUUACAUAAGUAUUCAGACCCUUUUCUCAGUACUUUGUUGAAGUAUUAUUGGCACCGAUUACAUCCUCGAGUCUUCUUUGGUAUGACGCUACAAUCUUGGCACACUUGCAUUUGGGGAGUUUCUCCCAUUUCUUCUCUGCAGAUCCUCAAGCUCUGUCAGGUUGGAUGGGGAGUGUCGCUGCACAGCUAUUUUCAGGUCUCUCCAGAGAUGUUCAAUCGGGUUCAAGUCCGGGCUCUGGCUGGGCCACUCAAGGACAUUCAGAGACUUUCAGAGAGCCACUCAUGCGUUGUCUUGGCUGUGUGCUUAGGGUCGUUGUCCUGUUGGAAGGUGAACCUUCGCCCCAGUCUGAGGUCCUGAGUGCUCUGGCGCAGGUUUUCAUCAAGGAUCUCUCUGUACUUUGCUCUGUUCAUCUUUCCCUCGAUCCUGACUAGUCUCCCAGUCCCUACUGCUGAAAAACAUCCCCACAGCAUGAUGCUGCCACCACCAUUCUUCACCGUAGGGAUGGUGCCAGGUUUCUUCCAGAUGUGACGCUUGGCAUUCAGGCCAAAGAGUUCAAUCUUGGUUUCAUCAGACCAGAUAAUAUUGUUUCUCAUGGUCUGAGAGUCCUUUAGGUGCCUUUUGGCAAACUCCAAGCGGGCUUUCAUGUUCCUUUUACUGAGGAGUGGCUUCCUUCUGGCCACUAUAUCAUAAAGGCCUGAUUGGUGGAGUGCUGCAGAGAUGGUUGUCCUUCUGGAAGGUUCUCUCAUCUCCACAGAGGAACUCUAGAGCUCUGUCACAGUGACCAUCGGGUUCUUGGUCACCUCCCUGACCAAGGCCCUUCUCCCCCAAUUGCUCAGUUUGGCCAGCUCGAGGAAGAGUCUUGGUGGUUCCAAACUUCUUCUGUUUAAGAAUUAUGUAGGCCACUGUGUUCUUGGGGACCUUCAAUGCUGCAGAAAUGUUUUGGUACCCUUCCCCAGAUCUGUGCCUUGACACAAUCUCUACAGACAAUUCCUUCAACCUCAUGGCUUGGUUUUUGCUCUGACAUGCACUGUUAACUGUGGGACCUUAUCUAGACAGGUGUGUGCCUUUCCAAAUACAUUUACAUUUACAUUUUAGUCAUUUAGCAGACGCUCUUAUCCAGAGCGACUUACAGUUAGUGAAUACAUAUAUUUUUUUUUAUUUUUUUUUCUUCUUUUUUUUUUUUUUUUUCAAACUGGUCCCCCGUGGGAAUCGAACCCACAACCCUGGCGUUGCAAACGCCAUGCUCUAUCAACUGAGCUACAUCCCUGCCGGCCAUUCCCUCCCCUACCCUGGACAACGCUAGGCCAAUUGUGCGCCGCCCAUGAGUCUCUCAGUCGCGGCCGGCUGCGACAGAGCCUGGAUUCGAACCAGGAUCUCUAGUGGCACAAAUCAUGUCCAAUCAAUUUAAUUUACCGCAGGUUGACUCCAAUCAAGUUGUAGAUUGGAAAUAGGAUGCACCUGAGCUCAAUUUUGAGUCUCAUAGCAAAGGGUCUGUGUAUUUCAGUUUUUUUUUUUUUUUUUAUAAGUUAGCAACAUUUCAAAAAAACCUGUUUUCGCUUUGUCAUUAUGGGAUAUUGAGGUUAAGGAAAAUAAUUGAAUCCAGUUUAGAAUAAGGAUGUAACGUAACAGAAUGCACUGUAUAUAUUCUUCCUCCCGUUCUAUUUGUCUUCCACCAUGUUCUCUCCCUCUACUCUUCUUGUCAUCCUCUUCCUCCCACCCCUUCCUCCUUUCCCCCUUAAUCCUUUUCUCCCUUGACCUCUUCCCCUGCUUUGCAUCUUUUCCCUCCUUUUCCACUUCCCUCUCUUUCCUUUCCACCUCUUUUCCUUCUUUCCAUCCUACUCCUCUUCAUCAUGUCACCUCUUCUUCCGUUUAAAUGUUAAUGUUUGUUCUAAAAAGAACAUGAAUUGGUAUAAGGUUGCUUGGUACUACAGCAAACUCACCAUGUAACCACAAAGUGUGUGAAGGUCGUUUUGGCACCAGAAAUCCAGCUGUUUCCUUGUUUUGACACCCCUUUGACACCCUUUCUUGCCCCUCUACAAUAAACACAGGAACCGCCUUUGACUAUGCUUCCAACGGUGAUGUCAUGCUCAGUGCGAGCUGGCCAGCUGCAGUGCAUUGGCACGGCUGGAUGGAAGAUCUGAGCCUUGUUGCCCCCAAUGUGCUUCCUCCGUCUCGUUAUUGACUGACCUGAACUUGUUCUAGUUGUGUUCUGUACAUUUUCUCCCAGGCUUUCACUUAAGUCACAUUUUUGUCUAAGACUUAGUCAUGCAUCAAUGGGAGACUAAGUGAAAAUUCUACUUAAGUGGAAAUUAGGAUUCACCCCUCAAACAGUCUCCAUAUAUACUUCCAUUCCUUUUUUCAACUGGUACCGGGGUUUCUUCAGACGAGUCUUGUGAGGCCUGUUGGCAUCCUAGAGUCUCACCUUUGCACAGAUCGGUCAUAUUAGUGUGUAGCCCAAACGGUUCUGAUGCUACAGACCGAAGUAGAGCAUAAUGGAGAACACCAUCUUGUUCGUGAGAGUCUCAUAGAGGGGUUGUAAUAUUUUUGUAGGACAAACCGUUUGACUAUUUUGUGAGAAGACUGAUUUUCGGGAUGUCUCAUGGUUCGACAAACACCUCUCUAGCUCUGUCACCUUUCACUGCAGAUGCGGAAGUGCGACAUAGGCAGAUACGGUGGAUUGAGACGCAUCCAAUGCAAAACAAGAUAUAUAUUUAGCUUAAACUGAUGGAUUUUUAUGGGGAUUUUUUUAUUAUGCUAAUAAGAUUUCUGCGGGGGCGCAGACAUCAACCUUAGGGUGUUAAUGAGUUAACCCUUUAAGCUACAAGUCUAAGCUCCACAGGUGUAAGCUGUAAGCAGAUUUCAACCUAAAAUGCAGGGCACAUGCCCCGAUGCAUGGUAGACCACACUGAUAUUGAGGAUGUGGUAGAGUGAGGAAAAUUGAGGUGUAGUCAGUCGAUGGACUAUUUGAGGAUGUGGGAAGAUAGUUCCAUUUUAAUUUGACAAGCACAUUAAAAAGUUAGGCCGUCUCUACACUGACAUCAAAAAGUGAAGUAAAAGUCUGAUGAAAGGCGGUCAAAGGGAAGUUUGGCUGCAGGCAUGCAGAUGGAAAUAAGGUUCAGAUGAGUAGACUAGAGAGAGAGGGGAGGGGAUUGCAUCAGGAUUGCCAAACCAUCUGGAAUCUGUGGAAUCCCAGAUCAUUUUGCUGUCAUUUUUCUUUUCAGAGCACUUUAUGAAUUUAGAAGGGGUGGAAUGUGAUUUAAAGGAAAUGCGUGCCCUAUACCAACCAAUGAUGUGCUUUCUGUUUUCUCCACUGUUGUAUUCUGGUGUGGCGUAUCUACUUUGGCCUUUGAUCUGGUGAACGCUGCCCUUGCUUACCCUUGGGGAGUUAGCUUUUGAAAUACGUGAUUCCUAGAAAAUAGAGCACAGAGAAGAGAAAACCCACCAGCUUUAUCGCCCUCUUUCCCUCACGCAUUUGAAGAAUUCUCCUCAGAAGGGUUUCACCACCAAACUGAUUACUUGGGUUAAUUUUUAAAGCAUGACUUCAGUCCCAGUAUGCCACCCGACCCCCAUGGAGGUCAUUAAUGCGGCUGAGAAGACUUUCUAUGGCGUUUUGGAUUUUGCUUCUUGCCCUAAACCAUUUUACAUAAUCAUUUUAGUGGAGUAACCAACUUAGUUAGAAAAUAAUAGUAAAGAAUCACAAAAAGUAGAUGUGUAAUUGUCUCAGAUUAAUAAUUUAGUUUUUGUUAAAAUCUUUGUCUUUGUUCCAGCACUGUAUGCUGUUGGGAGGGAUGAAGAGCACAGACAUUCCCCUGGAGGGGCACCUGCUAUCACCCAUUCAGAGAAUCUGCAAGUACCCCCUUUUACUGAAGGUAAGGUCCUGCUGACCCCAAGGAGAAUGAAACUCAGUCCUGCCUCCAAGUCAGAGGGUCAGUGUACUUUAUGGCCAAUUCAUUUUUCCUAUUAGAAGACAAGAUUUUAAAAAAGGGCCAUUCUUUGAUUACUUGAUUUGAAUCUGAAAUCAAACAACACAAACAGUUUAGUUUUUUUAGUUUUUAUUGUCUAAAGUAAAUAUUAAAUUACGAGAAACGGAAUAAUGAUUUGAUUAUUCAAAAGUUGUGUUUUAAGGCUAGGCUCUAUAACAUGCACCGAUCACCACAAGCUUCAGUGCCUAGGAGCUUAGACACCAUGACCACAUGGUCAGUCAGCCACGGUCCUGUGAAAUUCGCACAUCAUGACCAUUGAUCUAUACAGGGGUCAUGACCCAUGGAAAACAAAUUUUAGUUUCGCCUAUGUCAGGAUCUGGCCAUUUGUGAUGAGCCUAUAAGCUACAUUAAUAAGGUAUGGUAUGAAAAAAAAAAAGCUCUGUCCACGGACCUAUAGCAUAUGACACGUCCUUUGAAACUCUCCGAUGCGCAACUGUUCGGUUUCCCAAAGACCAGGGCCGGUUUCCCAAAAUCAUCUUGGUUCAUCGUUAGAACCUAUGGUUCUAAUGAUGAACUUAGCUUUAAGAUGCUUUUGGCAAACUGGGCCCUGGGCCUCGUUUCCCAAAGCCUUCGUAUAGCGUUAAAAUCAUCGUUGGAACCAUCUUACAAUGUGUCUUUAGUAGCCAAGGUGUUUCCCAGCGCCUUUGUUAGUAACGUGACUCUUGAAAUCCUUGCACAUCUAUGAGUGAUCCAGACCACUCAUAGAGCAGCCAAAGUGCAAGGUUAGGCUUAUUUUCUGCCUUACCACACAAUAUAUAAUUCUAAAACAAUUAUGUGAAUGGGCAUGAUCAUACGAUGAUAAAUGUUUCAUUUGGGUAAUGUAUAGGAUCUAAUGUAAUAUUUGAAAUAUGUAUUUGUAACAUUUUGUCAAGAUUAGUUUUAUCCCAAGCUGCAUCUUAUCCGGUACCAAUUGGAAACACCUGGAACACUAUACAUUGGGGGAAAAAAGUAUUUAGUCAGCCACCAAUUGUGCAAGUUCUCCCACUUAAAAAGAUGAGAGAGGCCUGCAAUUUUCAUCAUAGGUACACGUCAACUAUGACAGACAAAUUGAGAAAAAAAACCCCCCAGAAAAUCACAUUGUAGGAUUUUUAAUGAAUUUAUUUGCAAAUUAUGGUGGAAAAUAAGUAUUUGGUCAAUAACAAAAGUUUUUCAAUACUUUGUUAUAUACCCUUUGUUGGCAAUGACACAGGUCAAACGUUUUCUGUAAGUCUUCACAAGGUUUUCAUACACUGUUGCUGGUAUUUUGGCCCAUUCCUCCAUGCAGAUCUCCUCUAGAGCAGUGAUGUUUUGGGGCUGUCGCUGGGCAACACGGACUUUCAACUCCCUCCAAAGAUUUUCUAUGGGGUUGAGAUCUGGAGACUGGCUAGGCCACUCCAGGACCUUGAAAUGCUUCUUACGAAGCCACUCCUUCGUUGCCCGGGUGGUGUGUUUGGGAUCAUUGUCAUGCUGAAAGACCCAGCCACGUUUCAUCUUCAAUGCCCUUGCUGAUGGAAGGAGGUUUUCACUCAAAAUCUCACGAUACAUGGCCCCAUUCAUUCUUUCCUUUACACGGAUCAGUCGUCCUGGUCCCUUUGCAGAAAAACAGCCCCAAAGCAUGAUGUUUCCACCCCCAUGCUUCACAGUAGGUAUGGUGUUCUUUGGAUGCAACUCAGCAUUCUUUGUCCUCCAAACACGACGAGUUGAGUUUUUACCAAAAAGUUAUAUUUUGAUUUCAUCUGACCAUAUGACAUUCUCCCAAUCCUCUUCUGGAUCAUCCAAAUGCACUCUAGCAAACUUCAGACGGGCCUGGACAUGUACUGGCUUAAGCAGGGGGACACGUCUUGCACUGCAGGAUUUGAGUCCCUGGCGGCGUAGUGUGUUACUGAUGGUAGGCUUUGUUACUUUGGUCCCAGCUCUCUGCAGGUCAUUCACUAGGUCCCCCCGUGUGGUACUGGGAUUUUUGCUCACCGUUCUUGUGAUCAUUUUGACCCCACGGGGUGAGAUCUUGCAUGGAGCCCCAGAUCGAGGGAGAUUAUCAGUGGUCUUGUAUGUCUUCCAUUUCCUAAUAAUUGCUCCCACAGUUGAUUUCUUCAAACCAAGCUGCUUACCUAUUGCAGAUUCAGUCUUCCCAGCCUGGUGAAGGUCUACAAUUUUGUUUCUGGUGUCCUUUGACAGCUCUUUGGUCUUGGCCAUAGUGGAGUUUGGAGUGUGACUGUUUGAGGUUGUGGACAGGUGUCUUUUAUACUGAUAACAAGUUCAAACAGGUGCCAUUAAUACAGGUAACGAGUGGAGGAAAGAGGAGCCUCUUAAAGAAGAAGUUACAGGUCUGUGAGAGCCAGAAAUCGUGCUUGUUUGUAGGUGACCAAAUACUUAUUUUCCACCAUAAUUUGCAAAUAAAUUCAUAAAAAAUCCUACAAUGUGAUUUUCUGGAUUUUCUUUCCUCAAUUUGUCUGUCAUAGUUGACGUGUACCUAUGAUGAAAAUUACAGACCUCUCUCAUUUUUUUAAGUGGGAGAACUUGCACAAUUGGUGGCUGACUAAAAACUUUUUUUCCCCACUGUACAUGGACGAUACAUGGAGAUGAUAUACGACAACUCUUAGAAAUAAUCUAAGAAGGUGUCCAUGUAUGCCGAUGACUCAAGUUUUAUAUUAAGUCCGCAAGCUAGAUCCCUGCAAUGUCUAAUUCAAGAUCUAAGUAACUUUUCUGGCCUCUCAGGUCUAAAACCUAAUUAUGAUAAGUGUACCAUAUUACGUAUUGGAUCUUUAAAAGAAACAACUUUUACAUUACCCUGCAGUUUACCUAUAAAAAGUAGACAUGCUUGGUAUUCAUAUCACAAAAUAUAUAAAUAAACUCUCCACAAUGAAUUUCAAUAGAAAACUAGUAAAAAUAGACAAGAUCCUGCAACAGGUAAAUACCUGUCUAUUAAUGGAAAAAUUACACUGAUUAACUCCUUAGUCAUAUCUCAGUUUACUCACUUACUUAUGGCGCUGCCUACUCUUGAUGAUUCGUUUUUUAAAUAAUCUGAGCAAAAUUGUUUUUGCUUUAUCUGGGAAGCUAAACCAGACAAAAUAAAGCAUGUCUAUCUAUGUAAUGAAUAUGAACUUAGUGGGUUGUGAUUAUUAAAUAUAAAAGCACACAGUUUUACUUGAACCCAAAAUGGUUCUCAAGUAGAUUACUAAGAAAAGGUCAUCCACUGUUUAAAAAUUGCCUUUUUGCCUUUGUGCCGAUUGCCAUGUCUAAUUUUUGAUUAAUUGAAAAUUAAACCUUCUUCAAAGUAUCUCUCUUUUUCAAACAAGCAUUGCAGAGCUGGUUACAAUUUCAAUUUCAUCCCCAAGAAAAGAGAACAAAUAUGAUGGUUGAACUCAAUUAUACUCGUUGGUAAAAUACCAGUAUUUAUGGACAAUAUGUUUGAUAAGUGUAUUUUGUUUUUAAAUUAUAUUGUAAUUUGGAAUGGUAGAGUUAUGUCUUUCAUGGAGUUAUCGCAAUUGUAUGGAAAGGUCUGGUCAAUCCAAGAUUACAACCAAUUGAUUACAGCAUUACCCCAAAAAUGGAGGAGGCGGGGCAGCGGGAGGAGGUAGGGAACUGGUCUGUCUGCCCAAUAUAUAGUAUAGUCCACCAAGUAUCCAAACUGGUGGAGGAACAAAAAUUGCAUAAAUAGGAAAGUAUACCAGUUUAAUUUGAGGACCAGGAUGUUGACUGCUGUGCCAUAUAGAUUGCAAAAUAGCUGGGAAGAGAUUUGUGAUGUACCGAUUCCAUGGCACAGGGUGUAAGAGUUGAUAUAUAAACCGACGCAAGGUUAAAGACUUCGUGCUUUUCAGCUAAAAUUAUUGUGCAGAAUGCCACCAACAACAUUUUGAAUAUUUGGGGAAUACAAUCAUCGUAGCUCUGCAGAUUUUGCUGUGAGGAUACAGAAUCAAUAGACCAUUUGUUCUGGUAUUGCCCUCAGGUAGCCUGUUUCUGGUCUCAGAUUCAGGAAUGGCUAAAAAAACAUAACAUAAAUCUAAAAUUGACCCUAGAAAUAGCAUUGUUGGGAGAUCUGGAGAGACCUGGUCAGUCAAUUACUAGUAUACUAAUACUCUUAGUAAAAGUAUUUAUCUUCAACUCUCUAUGUGGAUUCUAUUUGAUUAGAUAAAAAUGGUAUGUUAAACAUCACAGCAUAGUUGAAAGAUAUAUGGCGAGAAAAAUUCUGAAGGGGGGGGGCUGGAGAGCUAUCGUGGAAACAGUGGUGGAUCUUGGAUGGUUGGUGGCCUGGCAGUUGGGAGCUUGGGCCGUUGGCCGAUAGGUCGCUGAUUCGGGUCCCCGAUUUGACUUGGUGGGAGAUCUGUCGACGUGCCCUUAGGCUGGGCGCUUGACCCUGGUUGUUCCUGUGGGUCGCUCUGGAUGGGUGUCUGCUAGAUGACUGAAUGUAAUGUAAAUGUUGAGCGGCUUCACUGCAGGUAGAUUGUAUGUUUUAUUUUCACACAAAAGAAAAUAUCCCAAAAAACCAGCCACUCCUAAUUAGGAUCUCCAUUUUCCACCCCACGUCCAACUUCUCCCUUUUCCAACUUCUACAUUCAACCUCCACACUCCAUCCUCCAACAUUUCCCCAAAACGCUGUCGUGACUUCAUCCCAUAAUCUUACCUGACCUUUGCACCCCCACAUCCACCAUCGACCCUUAUUGAUGAGAUGAUUCCUAAUAAUGAGCAUGGUGCUUAUCAUCCAACGCACCAGGGCUGUUCUCUGAAACAUUUUCAAUGACUGUUUAUGUACUACAGUACUACUGAAGACAUUCUGACUCUUUGGCUUUAUCCCCUACUCUCUCUCCCCUCACUAGGAGCUGCUGAAGCGGACGCCCAAGAAGCACGUGGACUACCCUGCGGUGGAGGAGGCCCUGCAGGCCAUGAAGGCAGUGUGCUCCAACAUCAAUGAGACCAAGAGGCAGAUGGAGAAACUGGAGGCCCUGGAGCAGCUGCAGUCGCACAUCGAGGGCUGGGAGGUGAGGGAUUCUAUUCUAUUUUAGACCAUGGGGCUAGGAUGCACCCUAUAGGUCACCAUUGAUGGAGGGAGAGGAGAGAGGUAGAGCGGAGGGGGAUGGGAGUGAGGGCAGAGGAGUGCUCGAAGGUGAGAAAAGGGGGGGGGGGAGUGUACGAUAAAGUUGAGGGGAGAUAGAAGGGUGAGAGGGACAUGAAGGCAGAAGGAGGGGUGUGCUAGAAAGGUGAGAGAAAGGGGGGGGAAUUAGAAGGAGGAGAGAGAGAGGGGUGGGAGGUGAGGAGAAAGAUUGAGAGGUGUGAGAUAAAGAUGGAUGAGAGUCAGAUGAAGAUGGAUGAGAGUCAGAUGAAGAUGGAUGAGAGAGAGAAAAGGGCAAGGUUCUCCUUUAUAUAGAAAUGGGACAUGUGACCGGAAAGGGAUGGAAAAGGGAAGCUCUGAGUUUGGAGAUUUGUCAAUGGAUUGCCCCACUCUCUCUCUAGCUCUCUCUCUAUCUCUAUCUCUCACACACACAUUAUGUACACACAUACUGUACACACACACACACUGUCCACCUCCUUGACCCCAUCUCCACAGCUGUGGCGAAAAAACUUUGGCCAGUUUUCGAGAGUCCACUGAACCCUGAGCACAUUUCAUUUUCUGUGACGGUAAAACACUCCUCCAGCCUCCCAAAUCCAAAUCACCAGCGUGCACAGGGCAUGGACAGGGCUUGGGAGCGGAGCUGGGUGCCCAGUGCGUUUUUCACACCUCCCUCACCCUCCACAACAGAGCCCUUGUCUCCUGACUCCCCUCGGGCCCCCGAGAGGACAAUCCACCCUCUCAGGAGCCAAGGGAAGGCCAAUGGGGCACCCUGCCCAAUAUCACGAUGUCAUUGCGGUCCCUUCCACAGAUCAAUGUGUUGUGUUGAUAUAGGAAUGUGAUCGUCGUUUUUUUCUCUCCAAUAUCUCUAAUUCAAUUCUACCCACUGACGUGGGGGCAGUUGGACAUCUGUGUUUGGAAUUGGUUCUCUCAUAUCACUUUGCAUUGACCCCUAGAAGUCAAAACAUGUCUUAGGAUGAACGAAUAAUGGGACAUAGAGCCUCCGUCUACUCUCUUCCGUAUCACAGUCCAUCCUCAUGAAAGGCACUGCCCUCCCUUGCUCCCUUUAAGCACUCCAUCUUUAGCCCAUUAGUCCUACUUUCUCCACUCCUCCACGCUCCAGUUUAAUUACCUCUCCACUCCUAAUGGGAAUGUAGGAGUGCAGAAUCAAGGCCCAGGCGCAUUACCGUUGCACUGAUAGACAGACAGCUCCCUCCCGCCCUCCUUCCCCCAAUCCUCCAUCCCUCCAUCCCCCACUUGCCUUUCUGCACAGUUAAACAUGGAAUUGGAUUGAUCGGGCGAAACGUUAUCUGUCUGCUAGGCCGGUUGGAAUCCAUCUGACCUGAAAUGGCACCCUUUUCUCUUUAUAGUGCACUAUUCCCUAUAUCUGGGGUACUCAAGUACUAUUUGAGAAGGUCUGGUCACACAAAUUUCCUAGGUGGCAAAGGUCCAGAUGGAUAAUGUAAUUUAUCAACGUAGUAACAAACCCCCACCUCACAACCCAUGUGACCCCAAACUGUUCACACACCUCUUUUUGGUUGAGAGAACAUUUUGCAGUUUUAAACCUAAAUCCCACAAUUCUACACAUUUUGCAUGGGGCAGAGAUAUAAUUAUUUUCUGUUUUAAAGCUAAUUUCCUGCAGUUCUACGCAUUCUUCCAUGUCUUAUGUGUGUUUAUAUGAUACCAGGGGUCAAAGCCCGACAAAGGAAAAGAAAGUGGGGCCUGCGGUCUGUAUUGACCCUGUUCUGGGUCCAGAUCCGGUCCGCCAGUUGAGUAUGGGGGCCCUAUAUAGUGCACUACUUUCGACCAGGGCCCUUAGGGUGCCAUUUCGGACGUACCCCCUUACAUUAUUAACGUCACAGCUAAAGUCACAUAGGUCAACCUUUUGAAAAUCCCUUUAGCUUUCUUGUUUACAUUUUGUGGUAGUGUAUAACCCUAAAAAUACUGCCUUAAAUAUGUCACAUCUAAUGACUAAAUAGUGAUUAAUUGAGCUAAAGUUCAACCACGUUGUCAAAAAGGUUAAUUGGCCACACACUGAGUCAUAUUAAUUUGGUUUGACAUGACUCCUUGUUGGUCCGUUUUCAGCUGUUCGACUUCGACAUUGAAAGGCCACCAAGCUCUUGUUCCCUGUGAGAAAGUGAGACUGUGGUUUAUGUUUUCCAUAAGAAGCAACGCAAGCAGAACAGUGUUUUUUGCACUUAACCUUUUCACAAGUACCAACAAAUGUGUGGGAUCAUUCUACAGUGGUCCCUGCAGCGUACGCUCAAUCCGGUGUGAUUAGAACGCUUAUUUAGAAUGUUGAGUUUCGAGUAACGCAACAGUCAGCAUUUGAGCUAGCCACACUGUUUUUUUUCACAGAAACAUUUGGCGAAAACACAGUCCUUACAAAGUUAUGUCCUGAAUGUGACCAGUUGAUUUUUGUAGCGACAGCAUACACAAUCAUCCAAACCGGAAAAUGUAGGCUACAUUAGUCCUAGCGCUAACUGAUGAAAGAUUGACGUAACACAAGCCGUCAUAUUUAGAGAACUCUCGGCUGACAGAAACCACAAUAUAAAUUAGCUAAUAGCAAUUACUAUUUAUAAUUCAUCACAUCACGGGUGAGCUCACCAUUGAUCGAAAUAAUUCAGUAAAAUACUUUCUAGAAAACGAAAAUAAUCAGACGAUGGGUAGUUUGUGCGCGCCGCCGUGUUUGUUUUUCUUGUCAACCAAAGAUAAUAAGAGGAUGAGUUUGGUCUGUUUGCAGUGUGCAUGUUGAAGGGGGUGUGUCAUCUACGAUCAUUCACGUCCCUUCAUUCACUUCCGGAAGUUUACUUGAAAGAUGAGUGAACCAUUCCUUCACCUCAUUAUAACAUCUCUGGUCAGACAGACGUUUAUGUGACAGCCAGAAUGCAUUGCAUAAUGUCAACAAACAUGGCGCCACACAUAGCUGGCAAAUAGCUUAGCAUUAGCUCAUUAUAAUCAGUACAACCUUCAAAAAAGUAUUUUACACACAUCAUAGGUGUCCAUUACAAUCAAUGCAAUAAUCGGAAUGCAUUAUUUGUCACCAGUACUUGAAGACAUGUGAAUAAAACUGUAAAUACAUUAUGCUCCAUAUAUACAUACACUACCGUUCAAAAGUUUGGGGUCACUUAGAAAUGUCCUUGUUUUUGUCCUUGUUUUUUGUCCAUUAAAAUAACAUAAAAUUGAUCAGAAAUACAGUGUAGACAUUGUUAAUUGUGUAAAUGGCUAUUGUAGCUGGAAACGGCUGAUUUUUAAUGGAAUAUCUACAUAGGCGUACAGAGGCCCAUUAUCAGCAACCAUCAGUCCUGUGUUCCAAUGGCACGUUGUGUUUGCUAAUCCAAGUUUAUCAUUUUAAAAGGCUAAUUGAUCAUUAGAAAACCCUUUUGCAAUUAUGUUAGCACAGCUGAAAACUGUUGUGCUGAUUUAAAGAAGCAAUAAAACUGGCCUUCUUGAGACUAGUUUAGCAAUUGUGGGUUCGAUUACAGGCUCAAAAUGGCCAGAAACAAAGAACUUUCUUCUGAAACUCGUCAGUCUAUUCUUGUUCUGAGAAAUGAAGGCUAUUCCAUGCGGGAAAUUGCCAAGAAACUGAAGAUCUCGUACAACGCUGUGUACUACUCCCUUCACAGAACAGCACAAACUGGCUAAAAACCAGAAUAGAAAGAGGAGUGGGAGGCCCCGGUGCACAACUGAGCAAGAGGACAAAUACAUUAGAGUGUCUAGUUUUGAGAAACAGACGCCUCACAGGUCCUCAACUGGCAGCUUCAUGAAAUAGUACCCGCAAAACACCAGUCUCAACGUCAACAGUGAAGAGGCGACUCUGGGAUGCUGACCUUCUAGGCAGAGUUGCAAAGAAAAAGCCAUAUCUCAGACUGGCCAAUAAAAGAUUAAGAUGGGCAAAAGAACACAUACAUUGAACAAAGGAAGAUUGGAAAAAAGUGUUAUGGACAGACAAAUCCAAGUUUGAGGUGUUCGGAUCACAAAGAAGAACAUUUGUGAGACGCAGACCAAAUGAAAAGAUGCUGGAGGAGUUCUUGAUGCCAUCUGUCAAGCAUGGUGGAGGUAAUGUGAUGGUCUGGGGGUGCUUUGGGGGAGAUUUGUGCAGGGUAAAAGGGAUCUUGAAGAAGGAAGGCUAUCACUCCAUUUUGCAACGCCAUGCCAUACCCUGUGGACAGCGCUUGAUUGGAGCCAAUUUCCACCUACAACAGGACAAUGACCCAAAGCAAAGCUCCAAACUAUGCAAUAACUAUUUAGGAAAGAAGCAGUCAGCUGGUAUUCUGUCUAUAAUGGAGUGGCCAGCACAGUCACCGGAUCUCAACCCUAUUGAGCUGUUGUGGGAGCAGCUUGACCAUAUGGUACAUAAGAAGUGCCCAUCAAGCCAAUCCAACUUGUGGGAGGUGCUUCAGGAAGCAUGGGGUGAAAUCUCUUCAGAUUACCUCAACCAAUUUGCAACUAGAAUGCCAAAGGCCUGCAAGGCUUUAAUUGCUGCAAAUGGAGGAUUCUUUGAUGAAAGCAAAGGUUGAAGGACACAUUUAUUAUUUCUAUUAAAAAUCAUUAUUUCUAACCUUGUUAAUGACCACAUUUCCUAUGCAUUUUGCUGUAUUUCCUAUUCAAAUUCAUUUCAUGUAUGUUUUCAUGGAAAACAAGGACAUUUCUAAGUGACCCCAAACUUUUGAACGGUAGUGUACAUACAUACAUACAUGCAUGCAUGCAUGCAUACAUGAGUGUGCAAAGCUGUCAUCAAGGCAAAAGGUGGCUAUUUGAAGAAUCUCAAAUAUAAAAUAGAUUUUGAUUUGUUUAACACUUUUUUGGUUACUAAGUUAUUCCAUAUGUGUUAUUUCAUAGUUUUGAUGUCUUCACUAUUAUUCUACAAUGUAGAAAAUAGUAAAAAUAAAGAAAAACCCUUGACCGGUAGUGUACAUACUGUAUGCUACAGUAGAAACAACAACAUGAUAUACAACAAAUAAGGCACUUACUUAUGGAAUGUAUUCAUGUCCAAAGUUAUUAUUUGUAAGGAAAACAACAACUAAGGCAAUGCGAGCGUUUGUUCACGACUGUGCAAAUGUCUGCAUACUUGAUCUGCGGAAACACUGGGGAAGUGCUUGGGCUCUCCUCGAAGAGAGAAGUUUGGCCGGCUCAGUAAAGCCUCAAACAUAAAUUGUCCACAACACUGAAAUGGGCUACUUCUAUGUGAAUUAAUGAGGAGGCGGAACACACCUCAAUUCAAACUGCUGUUAGAAAAUAAUACUUAGCCUGUAGAUAAUUAGCAGGCAGCGGGUGUUAAUAGUCCUGUUGCGUAACAAUCACAUUUUGGAACAGUGAGUGCAUUCUGACAUCACGUGCAUAAAACAACUCACGCUGGGUGAGACCGUUAGAGAUAUUUGGAACUCAAGUGUGAAAAGGUUAAAGGCUGGUUUCUGGUUGCACAGCUGACUUUUGUCUUAUGUUAAGGGUAAUUUAAAAUGUUCAGGGAAGGACUUGAUUGUGUUGUGUACUCUAUUGAUAUGUUCUGUAACAUAUCUGUAGCUCAAUUGGUAGAGCAUGGCGCUUGUAACGCCAGGGUAGUGGGUUCGAUCCCCGGGACCACCCAUACGUAAAAAUGUAUGCACACAUGACUGUAAGUCGCUUUGGAUAAAAGCGUCUGCUAAAUGGCAUAUUAUUAUUAUUAUUAUUAACAGUAGGAGUGAAUAAGGGUGUCGGCUGUUGUUCAUUCCAUCCUAUUGGCACAAUGAAAUGGAAACAAAUAGUUUGAACGAAUCCAAUGUCAUCUGAUGUAUGAAUUUUCACAGCUGCCUUUUGUAUUGUUUGAUUGGGGUCUUGCACUCCUAUGGUAAAUCAAUUCUGUGUGAAGGGUGAAAGAGAAUUGGUAAUCAUUUUUGAAAUCAUUAUUGUACUUGCGUACACACUCACACAAUAAACAGCUGCUACUGUUUAUUAUCUAUCCUGUUGCCUAGUCACUUUACCCCUACCUAUGUGUACAUAUAUACCUCAAUUACUUCGUACCACUGCACAUCGACUCGGUACAGGUACCCCGUGUAUAUAGCCAAGUUAUCGUUACUCGUUGUGUAUUUAUUCCUUGUGUUAUAAUUUUUUUAUGUUCCGCUGCAUUGUUGGGAAGGGCACAUAAGUAAGAAUUUAACUUCUAGUCUACACCUGUUUUUUACGAUGCAUGUGACAAAUACAAUUUGAUUUGAUUUGAGAGAUGAUGACAGGCACCAGUGAUUUAAUUGCCACCCUCUCUUGACUGUCCUGACGGGCCACCCCCAGGGCACCAAUCUGACUGACAUCUGUACCGAGCUGCUUCUCCAUGGCAACCUGCUCAAGAUCUCCGCCGGCAACAUCCAGGAGAGAGUCUUCUUCCUGUUUGACAACCUCCUGGUCUACUGCAAGAGGAAGUCCAGGUGAGAUUGGGUAGGAUUGGAAGGAGGGAGGAAGUCAUGCACCUCAGGAAAGUGGCAGGAAUGUGUUUUCAUUCAUUGACGAGAAGUCACCAUAGAAAGAAGCCAUACGGGGAAAAACAGAGUAAAUCGCCAAAUCCUGUUUGUGUAGUGUGUACCAAGCUCAUUUUAUAUGCAAACAAAACAAGCCAACCUAACGCGUGCGUGCGUACUUACGCCUGUGUGUGCUUGAGCACUGUAAAGUUGUUUUUUCAAAGUUGCCAACAAUAAACUGCUGGCACCCGCCCACCCGACUAGAAUCACUACUCUCGACGGGUCUGACCUAGAGUAUGUGGACAACUACAAAUACCUAGGUGUCUGGUUAGACUGUAAACUCUCCUUCCAGACUCACAUUAAGCAUCUCCAAUCCAAAGUUAAAUCUAGAAUCGGCUUCCUAUUUCGCAACAAAGCCUUCUUCACUCAUGCUGCCAUACAUGCCCUCGUAAAACUGACUAUCCUACCGAUCCUUGACUUCGGCGAUGUCAUUUACAAAAUAGCCUCCAACACUCUACUCAGCAAAUUGGAUGUAGUCUAUCACAGUGCCAUCCGUUUUGUCACCAAAGCCCCAUAUACUACCCACCACUGUGACCUGUACGCUCUUGUUGGCUGGAUCUCACUACAUAUUUGUCGCCAAACCCACUGGCUCCAGGCCAUCUAUAAAUCACUGCUAGGCAAAUCCCCGCCUUAUUUUAGCUCAUUGGUCACCAUAGCAACACCCACCCGUAGUAUGCGCUCCAGCAGGUAUAUCUCACUGGUCAUCCCCAAACCCAACACCUCCUUUGGCCGCCAUUCCUUCCAGUUCUCUGCUGCCAAUGACUGGAACGAAUUGCAAAAAUCUCUGAAGCUGGAGACUCUUAUCUCCCUCACUAACUUUAAGCAUCAGUUGUCAGAGCACCUUACCGAUCACUGCACCUGUACACAGCCCAUCUGAAAUUAGCCCACCCAACUACCUCAUCCCCAUAUUGUUAUUUAUUUUGCUCAUUUGCACCCCAGUAUCUCUAUUUGCACAUCAUCUCUUGCACAUCUAUCAUUCCAGUGUUAAUACUAAUUGUAAAUAUUUUGCACUAUGGCCUAUUUAUUGCCUUACCUCCAUAACUUGCUACAUUUGCACACACUGUACAUAUAUUUUCUGUUGUAUUUUUGACUUUAUGUUUUGUUUUACCCCAUAUGUAACUCUGUGUUGUUGUUUUUAUCGCACUGCUUUGCUUUAUCUUGGCCAGGUCGCAGUUGUAAAUGAGAACUUGUUCUCAACUGGCUUACCUGGUUAAAUAAAAAAAUAAAACGUUCUGAGCAGGAAUUUCACAUUUUCACCAUUUUAUGUUCAAUUUCGUAGGGUUACUGGGAAGAAAUCCACAAAGAGGACCAAGUCCUUCAACGGCCCCCUGUACAUGUUCAGAGGAAGAAUCAACACAGAGGUGAUGGAGGUGGAAAACGUUGAGGAUGGAACAGGUUCGUGCCAGCCCCACCAGUCUUCAGUUCAUAUAGGAGCAUCCACCCAUCCCUCUAUCCACACUCUUUUCAUUCAUUCAUUCAUUCAUUCAUUCAUUCAUUCAUUCAUUCAUUCAUUCAUUCAUUCAUUCAUUCAGUCAUUCAUUCAUUCAUUCAUUCAUUCAUUCAGUCAUUCAUUCAUCCAUUCAUCCAUUUUCUUUCUAUGUAUUCUUUCUUUGCUACGGUGUUAAUUAGGCUUUAUACCUGUUUGUUUCAUGUGAAUUCUUUACCCUCCCCAAGACAAUAUUUUAGAUUAGCUGGUAGAGUAGAUUACACAAAGCUAAUGAGUGUUUACAGUUUGGGUGAGGCGAUAAAAUCUUGCAUAGGUUUUUCACAUUUGAACUGCUUACAAACGGUCAGGUGAUUUUAUAUGAAUCUGAGGUCUGCACAUUGGUUCAGAGCGGAUGCACCAACCUGCAUUUCAAACCUUUGAACUAUUGGGAUGCCUGCUGUUGCAAGAACUGGCACUUACCAACUACAACACUGUUUUGUUCGUGUGGUUUAUUGCACACCAGCAUGUUAUUUUCAGGUCUUGGGUUCAGAUAUUAGUUAAAAUCAUUCAAAUACUUUAGUUGUGCUUAAUCGAGCUUGCCUGGGGCAAUAGAAAUGAUGAAGUAGGCCCUAAAAUGCUAACCCCACCGAUCUUGCACUCCAGACAGGCUCAAGGAAAUGUUCAAAGUAUUUGAAAGAUUUCAAGGACUAUUUGAACCCAGGUCUGGUUGUUUUCUGUGAGGGGGUUAUAGUUGUAGCCCUAGCUGCAGGGGUAUGAAUGCACUUCUUCUUUAAUCAUACCCAUUUUCACUCACCACACUGGCAAGAUGAAGCAUGGGUUCACAUGCCUCUUCUCUGUGCCCCACGGGCUGUUUGCUGCCUGUCGCUUCGUGCUUUCAGAGGAAACCACAAAGAAAAACAUGUUCUCUCUCCGCAUGUUUCUCAGAGAGACCAUAUAACCCGAUAGUGAGACCAAGGUCAUGUGCCAUUUUUACACUGCCAGCUUAGCUUGUGUCUGUCUAAGGUUGAUCAUGUGUUGAUUUGUAGCAUUGUAGAAGCCCAGCGAAUCACCCUUGAAAUAGCUGCACUUUUACACCAUUCCAUUGACAGUUUUAGAGUAUUAAGGACAAUACCGAGUGAAGAUGUUUGAACAAGAUUUGUGGUUUGUUCUUCAACUAAAUAUUACAACAUUGACAUGCACUGACAACCGCAGCUAGACAACAUGUAAAAAAACUCAUCCAUAUGUAAACAAAGCGAAGGCCAGUUCCUCGUUCGCUCAAGGAGACCUUUUUAGCGUGAGUGUGUAUACACGGUCACACCUCUUUCAUUGGAUGAAUGCAAUAACAUCAUCCUCCUACAUCUACUAUUGUUUGAUACCAUUCCCCAUGCACACCAAAACAUGAUUAGCUCUCCCUAUGCCUCCCUCCCUCCAGGCCAUGGGGUUUCACAUCUUUUUAUGUGACCUUUUAACAUUACACUAAUGCACCUCCAUUAGCCCAGCUCAUUCAUUAUGCAUUACAGUCACCUGGAGCCAAAUAGCUGAUAAGAUUGAGAGAGAGAGAGAGAGAGAGAGACUUUCUGUCGAGUCAGCAGAAAGAUGUAUUUUACUGCUCUGUUUGGUUGUUUUUUUUAUUAGCAGUACUUACAGAAUGAUGGAUAUUUCAACUCCAAGGUGUUUCAAAUAUAAGUGACGCUUGAGAGUGGUGUGGCCAGGCAGGCUGUAUUACCCUCCAAGUUUGUUACAACUGAGUUCAGUAACACUGCAUGUUUUAUCGGCAAGUAAAAAAGGUAGUACAGUGUUGAUAUCAAUGUCUAUCAACAGAAUUGCGGUAAAACAUUUUAAUAAAGGUUAUUUCUAGAAAAGGACUCACGUGGGGGGUGUACUGUACCAUGGUCCCUUACUUGUUUUGUUCCUCUUUUCUCAGCUGACUACCACAGCAACAACUACACGGUGACCAAUGGCUGGAAGAUCCACAACACGGCCAAGAACAAGUGGUUCGUCUGCAUGGCCAAGAACGCAGAGGACAAGCAGAAGUGGCUCGACGCCAUUUUGAGGGAACGAGAGCAGAGAGAGAGUGAGUAGAAUGAAAAGAGGGAUGUCACUCACACUCCUUCCCUCCCACCUCCAUGGAGUGUGUGAAAGAAUGCUAUCAUGUUUUCUGGUUGUACUGGCUGACCACCUAGACUGAUACAGUAUCUCAGCAAUGCUAUGCUAUGGGUUGCUAACACAAUAAGGGUUCAGAUAAACAAAUGGUUAGCGUUGCAAGAGGGAACAAAAUAAUUCCUUCUGUCUGUUGUGAGAGCUCCAAUUGUAGCACGCAUGCAUGCAAAUGAAUUGGUACAUCACUAGGGCUGUUGUGGUAUGCUUAUGGUAUGUGGAUUAUGAUACAGUAUGUCUUACUACCCAGAGUCUCUCUAGCUAGCUUUUGUUUCAUAAAUAAAGUCUUAAGAUCGUGACAUGAUGACCUAGAACUGUGUUGCCAAAUAUAUGCAGAAGAACAUGACCUGGAGUUAAACAUUCAAAGGAAAGAGCCAGUCGCUUCAUACGUUGCGAGACCCAUGUUUGCUAAUCAACACCCCUGAGAGAGAGCACUUUAUCGAGCAGUUAAUUCACAAACAAACCCAAGAUGCGCAAAAAACAGACUAUUCAAUCCCAGCCAGAGCCCAAAAAAGAGCAAUAGCAGCAGCUUGGUCAGAAACAGUAACGCACCGAGAAAGUAUUGCAACACAGUUCCCAUCACGGGUGUUGUCUAGACGUCUAUACCGUGGUAUGAAAAUGAGACUCGUAACACAUUUUGGAUGCCAUUUUUCGAACUGGUGUGGAGUGAUUGCAGACUUUUGAUAUGAAUUGGCAGCUUGGGCGCAGGUUUCCCGAACUGUGUAAUUAAUAGUGUGUUCAAAUUGAGUCACACCCAAAACAUCCAGUCACUCGAAUAAAGUUCUUAUCACUUUGUCCUCUCUAAAAAGAAUGGCACUAAAACACCACUUCAUCUGGUUAAAACAUAUGCUAUUUGCUAUAGUGUUUGACUAAAAACAUGUAUUUUGAGGAAGAUGGGUUAUUUGUUGUUGUUAAGUGUCAUUGUAAGCACACUUACUCCUCUUGUUUAAUGACUUUCCCUAAACAUUUUAGCUUACUUCCAUCUUUUGACUUCAAAAUGUAAAAGUGUCUUCUUGUGGACUAAGGACACCUGUUCAGCACUGGCCACCUGUCUUUAUGUUUGUGCGCAUUGGGGGGGGGGGGGGUGCCAAUAAAGCUUUAAAGGCUUUUACAGGAUUCUGUGGCUGUAGGCAUGCCCGGUGACACCUGAUAGCAUUGGAGGCAGAAAUCACAACAGCUUACCCCCAAGCUGUACGUGUAUGGCAAUGACUCAACUUAAACAGCCGUGGGUUUUGAACACAUAACCACACCUGGUUCUAGCUGUGUACAACAAAGCUUGAAUAUUUCAAAUGUAGCAAAUGAGCCUUCCGCAUGGACUUGAGUGAGCGGUCACAGCAGAAGUCAUGGUAUCAGCACUUGAUCCUGUGGCUAAAGUCGAGAAGUGGAACUUUCCAGAGUACAAAGGGCCAUGCUGGGUAUUGGGUUACGUUAGGCGGAAAUUGACCUGAGGCUAAUAAAUGCCAGAUCAGUCACAGUGCAGCCAACCCUACCCCCCAACCUUAACCCCAACCCCCCUCCCUGAACCCCCGGCCUAGCCCACAUCUCGAAGGUUUGACCAUGGCCAUUGCAUCCCUUUCAUCCCUGUUUCACUAUUGAUACCUGACCCAUUGUUGCAUUCCAAUUUCCCCCAGCACACCUCUUUAAAAUGGCACUGACUUCAGUUGGACGUUUUGGUUGUGGCCCCUUUAAAUACUCCCAAGACAGAGCCGUUGUUUUUGCCCUGCCAGCUGGAUGGGUCUGGGAUCAUCUUAUCAGAGCUUUUGUGGUGGUUGAGGGAAAAUUAGUGGGCUAGCAUGUUAGCCGGUUAGCUUGUGCCUGUGAGGGUGGGAAGAGGUGGCCUCUCGUCAGGCUCUGACAGCUGGGGCAGCAUCCCAGGGUUGAGGCCCCCUGCACCAAGACCAGAACCCUGUCUGUCCAAUGGCACUCUUUGUUUGAGUCCACUCCAGCUACUGUCAAGUGUAAUCCAACCACACCUCCGUCAGCGGCACCCAGCUCUGGCACACCCGCAAAUUGAGUUGGAAUUGUCAGAGUCCCAUGGUUUAGCAGGACAGAGAGGCUGACAGUGGAGUUUAGCCAGUCAGAGAGCCUGAUGAUGGAUCUCCAAAGUUCAGAGAGCCCAACGGAUAGUUUUAUCUACAGUAUAUGGUUUUGAAGCUCUAUGACAUGGUCAACCUUCAAAGGGCUCAACAUCAACUGUUGUUUUGAAUUGUCUCUGCACAUUUUUCAUAAUUUAACAUAUUUCUCACUCAGUUGUGUUGCAGCUUGCUAAACAUAACUGCUGCUCUACACCGAAUAUAUAAAAACUCAGUGGCGUCACAGUACAUUAGCAGGCGAGCGUCAAUACAGUACAUUGUUCUAGACCUGGACAGAUUAACAUCUGGAUUUCCAUCCGAAGGAGGUGGCAGAUUUGAGCCGCCAUGCUCUGUUCUUCUCCUAUCCCUGUACCGUGUCGGAUACCCCAACGAGGCCCACAGGCAGGGGCAUUGCAUCUUCUGACAGCCCGGUGACAGCCUCUCCCCCCUGGGGGCUGAAACGCGUAGACGUCAGAGGGCUGACUGGAGGAAAUGGUGGUGUCCUUCAGGGUUCGGUGUUGGGCCCUCUUGUUUUUUUUUUGGCAAUGUGAGACAAAAGCUGCUGUGACUGCUGCAGCCCCCCCGUGCCAGUCAUGGGAAUCAGCAUGGCUUGUUAUGCAGUGAGAGGAGUGAUGUAGUCUUUCUCUCAUUCACUCUCUCACCACACUGUCUCUGAAAACAAAUAUCACUGUUGGGUUAGACAACUAUUAAUAGCAGUUUCUAACACCUUAGGCUUUCGAUAAUAACAAGUCUCAUGAACUUCAUAUGCAAAAUGUUUGGUGUCUGACCCCUUGAGUUUUUCUCUGUUGGUAACAGGUCUGAAGCUGGGGAUGGAGCGGGAUGCCUACGUAAUGAUUGCCAAGAAAGGCGAGAAGCUCUACCACAUGAUGAUGACCAAGAGCCGCCACCUGAUCAAGGACCGGCGCCGAAAGCUGACUAUCGUGCCCAAGUGCUUCAUGGGAAAGUGAGUUCUUUCCCACCGAAUAGUUCACUGAUGAGUGAGGUGUCUGGGAGUUGUUUUCCUCCCUGUGUUGGCAGCCAAUCACUUUGUUGUCGGAGGCAACGAUUCCCAACGUAUACAGAAAGAGCUUCAUUAGAGAAGAGACCUUCCCUUUAACUGCAAGAGCAUAAUUUGGAAGACCCUCCCCUCAAGGUGUCUCUGUGAAUUAGCAUGAACACACACGCCACAGGAAUCAUACAUUUACCCUGCUUUCACAGUGAUAUGCACAAGCACGCACACCCAAACACACAUACAUUGCAUGAACACACACAUACAUAUAUUUUGGCAUUAACCCACACACCCACAGAAAUUAUACAUUUAGCCUGCUUUCGCAGAAAUGCUCAUGAACACACACACACAUACACUUUUGGCAUGAACACACACAGGAAGCACACAUUUAGCGUGCUUUCUCAGCAAUGCUCACUCACACAUACACAUUCACACAGCGAGCCACUGGACUGAGCAGCGCUCUCCUUUUUUCUUUCCCCCCAGUCUUUCAAUGCCAUGAAUUAACAAUGAGGGCUGGUUUGCCUUCAGUAAUGCAUUUUCCAUUAUGCCCCACAGCUCCAUAACACAGCGAGAUUCCUUUCGGGGGAAGGGAAAAAAGGGGCAAAACGGUGUUGAUCACUAGGCAUUCAUUAUGGAGUCAGUCAGCAUCCAAACCAGGAUUUCAUUAGUUUGUCAGUUGUCAUUAUGUCUUAUAAGAGUGUGAAUUUGAACCCAAAAUUCAUCUGAUACAAAAUCCUACACUACAAUCAGUGCCCUCCCAAUUCCUACUGAUAAGAGAACUCAUAAUGACAACAAAUUUUUUUCCAACAUCCUAUUUGGGCAGUUGGUCGUAUUUGGUUCUUCUUUUAGCCUUCCUCUUUCUCAGCCCAUUUCCUAAUGCAGGUUUCUUUGCUCACAUUGGUGCUUGUAUUGCAUCUUGGGUAUGGCAAUGCACCAGGACUGUAUUCAUUGGCACGAAAUGGAAGAAAAACCGGCCCAAACAGGGAGGGAUUAUUCUUAUUUUAUUGUCCAAUAAGAAACGCUUGUUUUAGUUUUGUUACAAAACAUUUUUCUAUGUUUUGCUAUUUUGUGCACUAAUGAAUACGACCCAGGUCUUGUGUAUGCUGGAUGUGCAAACUGAUGUGGUUUUCACAAGAUUAAUUCAUUUGACAGAUUAGUAUCUUGCACAAUAGAACCAACAUUUGCAAUAUCAAGUCAACAUAAGUGCUCUAUUUCACAAGCGAGUGACCUACUUGACAUUUUUACCUCCAGUCCCUUGUUCAAGAUGAAGCAAGCCUCAUGUUGACUCUGAUACAGUAUAUCCAAUAGCUAACUUAGAUGACAUCAUUGUAGCAUGCUGUAGCAAAGGAAUGUUUGAAGCUUAGGCUUGCUAGCAGAAUGUCCGAUACACACACAUAUGCAUGCAUGCACGCACACAUACACACACACGCACGCACACAUACACACACACUGAGAUAAUCCCUUAACUUUAUUGUCCACCCUCUCUCUGCUCAUCAGCUUGUUUUGCCACACACAUACACACACACACAGCCUCACUGUUCCCAUCCUUAGCAGUGAUUUACUCCUCUGUGUGACUGCUCCAGCGCCCAAAUUAACCAGCGCUAUUACGUAACAACCCCCCCCCCCUGUCCUCCACCCCACCAGAUCCACGUGAGUCCUGUGUCAAUUAGCAGCAUGUUGCUUUGAGAGCGCCACACAUACACACACACACACGCACACACACUUGCACAGAUAGACACAGACUUGUGAGAGGUGCAGUACAGAGACCUGGCUGACAAUCACUUCACACACACACACAUAUCACAGAGCUAAAAGAGCAGCAGCAGUUGGUAGGUUGUGAUUUACUCUUUUGAUGAUGGUAAAAUAUGCCCAUUGUAAAUCAGCCGGACAGGCAAGCUCAGGUGUGAGCAGAUGGCUCAAGGUGUCUCUGUGAUUUAGCAUGAACACACACGCUACAGGAAUCCCACGUUUACCCUGCUUUCAUGGUGAUACGCACAAGUACACACACCCAAACACACACUCACACUUUGGCAUGAACACACAUGCGGGGAUCACGCUUUUAGUCUGCAUCCGCAUCAGGGUAACGCACGCACACAAACAUACAAACAUUGCAUGAACACGUACAUGCAUACAUACAUUGCAUGAACACACACAUACAUAUAUUUUGGCAUUAACGCACACACAGAAAUUACACAUUUAUCCUGCUUUGGCAUGAAUGCUCAUGAACACACACACACACACACAUUCAAAUUUGGCAUGAACACACAUGCAGAGGAAUCAUACAUUUACCCUGCUUUCUCAGCAAUGCUCACUCACACAUGCACUCGCUCACAUUCACGGUUCGUCGUUCAAUGGGAAAUUGAGUUUGCUCAGUGGCAUGGAACAUGGAGAAGAGGGAAAUUUAAUUUCAUCUGCUUCAAAUAUCUGGUUUGCUCAGUGUCUCGAGGGAGAAUACACUGAGGAGAGAAAAUGCUGUAUUUAAGUAUGAGGAGGCAUAUAUAUGAAUGGUGCCACAAAAGCCAUGAAUUCAGAUUGGCACUUUUUGGAGUGAGUGAAAAAAGAAAGCGAGAAAGAGGGUGUUUAAGGCUGGUGGGAGGGAGGACAACGGGAGCAAGGGAGAAGGGGCAGAGGGAUAGAAAGGGGUAGGAGAUGUGGAAGAGGGGAUAAAGAAGGGAAGGGGGAGAGAGAAGGCACAAGUACCGUACCUUUUGGAGCGCUUACCUGUUACAAAGGGGUUUAAAAGGUGUGUGUGCCAUAUACAAUACAGGUGACUGCAUACAGUCUAAAUUGAAUAGCACUAAUAUCCAGCAUCAGGAGUGUCAGUGCCGGGCUGGAACAAAAGCCUGCACAACCUUUGCCUCACCCAGAACAGUAGUUUCCCCUCUCAUUUUGAACUAGCCUUGCCUAAAGCUGUAUCUGUAUUAUAUACUGUAAGCUGUACUGUAUUAUAUACCAUAUUCUAUACCAGUGGUUCCCAACAAGGGGUACUAGGACCCCUGGGGGUACUUGGCCUAUCCACAGGGGGUACUUGAAAAGACUGAAAUGCACAUGAGAAGGUACUUAAGGGGUACUCUGGGCAGAGCAAAAUCAGUCAGUCUGGACCCCAGGAAGACUAGCUGUCAUCAUGGCAUCAGCAAAUGGGGAUCCCAAUAAUGAAUAAUUAAAUAAUUUAUUGGGAUCCCCAUUUGCUGAUGCCAUGAUGACAGCUAGUCUUCCUGGGGUCCAGCCUGACUGUAUCCCAUAAUAUUGGAUCUGUGUGGCUCAGGGUUCGAUUCCUGCUGGGGCCACAUCACACAAAAAAUGUAUGGACUCACUUUGGAUUAAAGCAUCUUCUAAAUGGCAUUUGGUCUAUUGUCUUUUAAACUCUUAGAACAUUGUUUUGUAUUUUCUUCUGUGCAAAUAAAUAUGGUCUACAUUAUUAUACUAAAGUGUUGUGUCCUUGUCCCCACAGUGAGUUUGUGUCGUGGCUGAUAGAGAGUGGAGAGAUCAGCAAGCCAGAUGAGGGGGUCAACCUGGGUCAAGCUCUGCUGGAGAACGGAAUCAUCCACCAUGGUGAGAGAACCGCCUCUGUCCUUCAUACCAUUCUGUCAUUCUUUCGGGCUUUUCCCACCUCUCACUUUUUUCUCUCUCCCUCUAUGGUUCUCUUUUUCUCCCUCGUUCUCUCUCUCUCUCUCUCUCUCUGUCUCUCUCUUGCUCUCUCUCUCAUUCUAUAUAUGUUUCUCUCUAUUUCUCCCAAUCUUUUUUCUCUUCCUUCUCUCUUUCCAUAUGCCUUAUUAUUUGCACUUCAUGGGUGUAUUUGUUAG